CCCAUCGUGAGAUAAGCCUUUGCAAAGUCUUUAUAUAUUCCUAUAUAAGCUGCGGUUUUUUAAUUUAUGAGUCAAUUGCAAUUAUUAAACAACGCACGUAGUUUAAAGCGUUUUUCCGAGUGUCUUUUGAAUUUCAUAAAUAUUCGCAAUAAUAGGUGUUCGGUGUUUUUGUGUAUUUGAACGAUUUUAAACUGCACUCGAUUCAAUAUGAGCAAAAAGAUUUCAAGAACUCCCAUUUCCAGCUUGGAACUUACGAGAUUACAUUACCGAUGUCUAAAAGCCCGCGUUGGGUACAAGACUAAGAUUACAGAAUGGUGUUCCCAAACUGGCGAUAAGGCUGGAACCAUUUUUCUCAUGAAUUUGUUGGACACAUCUGGUGAAAUUACUGGAGUGGUCUUUGAUCACCUGUGCAAUACUUUCUACGAUCAAAUUGAAGCAGGCAAAGUAUACCUGUUCUCGAAAUUCGAGGUGCAGCGGGCUGAUGGAAGAUACAAAAUUGUGCAUAAUCCCCAUCAGAUUCUAUUUCGCGAAGAAACAGUCCUAAAAGAGAUCGAAGAUGAUGUAGAUAUUCCGCGAAUGAUGGUAAAAUUGUCGCCUCUUUAUAAGGUUCCUCGAAGGCAAACCUUGGCGCUAGUCGACACAAUUGGCAUCUGCAAGGAAGUGUAUUAUCCGGUAAACAGAGGAGGUUACCAAAUUCAAGAACUGAUCCUCUUGGACUCCAGCAAGAAAUCAGUUGAAAUCAUGUUAAAUCUGUGGAAUAAGGAGGUUGAUAAACUUAAUAUUUGGCCUGGUGAUAUUAUAUUGGUUAAAGGCACGCGCGUAAAGGAUCAUGAAGGGAAAAAAAAACUAAACUUUGAUUGGUUUUCUUUUAUGAAAAUCAAUCCAAAAGUUCCAAAAGGCCACCCAUUACACAAAAAACUAAAAGAAUUAAUGUAUUUAAAAAAUAAUUUGUUGAAACAAACGAUGUUUAAUUGUCGAGAAAUACUUGUAGAAUAAAUAAAUAGUAAAACGUAAUAAAAUUAA